CGGCUCAACAUCUCCGUGUCGUCUUUCGCUAGAGGGCGAUGGGUGACCCGCUUUGUCUCAUCUACAUAAACUACCAAACGCAGUCAUAGCCCUACAGCUUUUUCAAUAGCGAUGCCGGAUGCCGAGGCCAGCCAUCGUGUACGGGUAGCCUGCAAAGGCUGUAAUGCUCGUCGUGUGAAAUGCGACCGCUCUCUUGCGAGCAAUCCGUGCUCCAACUGCCGGCGAGCCGGGACAAGGUGCGAACUCAUCGUGUCGAGAAGAGGAAAGCACAAGCGGGCAGGCCCAAGCCGGCAAUCUGAUGCACAACAAACAACCUCCAAGGCACGAGGCCCAAGUCUCGACUCGACGCCGGUGGAUAGUGCACGAAUUUCGGGUCCAGAAACCAGCUCUUCGGAGCAGAGGCAACGAUGUGUCAGCCCCUCUCUCCCAGACUUUGCGCUCUCCACGUAUUCUGGCAAUUCUACGGGCAAGAUCGUCUACAUGGGCGAUUCUGGCAACAUGAAGUACGUCAUUGAUGAAGUCGGCGAUCCAUUCAAGAACAUCGACAAGCAGUAUUCAGCAUGGGGAGACAACCUGCAGAACUACAUGGUCAAGAAGCUGGGAUCAGCAACUCAACUGACCAUGAAGAGCUUACGAUCCCGUGAUGAGCAGCAUUUGAAGAGUGUUGGUGCGUUCGAUUUUCCUCGCAAAGAAAUAUCCGACCAAUUGUUCUCCACCUUCUUGGAAUACUCCUACCCGGUAUUCCCAUUGUUUAAUCGAGCAGAUUUUGCAUCAUUGCAUGCAUCCGGGCGUUUAUCACCCUUGGUGCUGAAUGCAAUAUAUAUGCUGGCGUCAUUCCAUUGUCCUGAAGACACCCUAGGAGAUCUUGGGGCGUCUUCAAGGUAUCUAGCUUGCCUGAUGUUUUAUCGGCGCGCGAAGGCCCUUUACGACGCAGACUUCGAAUCAGACAGUAUCGCCACUGUGCAAGCGACGAUAUUGCUCGCAAAUUGGUGGGGUGGCCCAAUGGAACAAAAGGAUACAUGGCACUGGCUGGGUCUCGCUGCCGGCCUUGCACAAGCUCUAGGCAUGCAUAGAAACAAAUCCUAUGCAAUUCUUCCACCCCUUCAACGGAGCUUAUGGAGGCGGACUUGGUGGGUUCUCUACAUCAACGACGUACACCAUGCAGCUGUCUAUGGCCGACCGCCUCAUAUACAUCAGGACUAUUGCGAUAUUGAUUUGCUAAACGAGGCUGAUUUUCCAGAUUAUCCUGCUGAUGUGCUCGACUUGACGACUCAGAGCAGAUCAUACCUCGUCCAUUCUGCCAACCUGGCGUCACAUGUGAGCAGAUGUCUCGCUGCUAAAUUCUCUCCGGUACACGAUCCAAUGGUCGAGCAAAAAAGUUACCAGCAGCUUGUUGAUUUCGAAAACGAGUUAGAGCCUGAUUUCCGCUCUCUACCUACGAACAUCAGUUUCAAAAAUGGAUACUGGCCAGCGCUGAUUCACCUGUAUCAUUCUGACUAUCGCAUUGUAUUCCACCGCAUGCUGUCCGCCACUUUGGACCAUAAUCUCACGUUUAUCGCUGCAACCAAGAUCAACCGCAUCCUGGAAGAUCUUCUUGCAUCUGGAACAUUGUACCGUGCCCCGUUCAUGACCCUUCCAGCGAUAUUUGUGUCCAUUUUGGUCAACAUCGUGCAUAUACGCAAGGUCGACAGCCAUACUGGGAUAGUCGCGGAAAAUCGAGCCCGCCUGGCCAUGCAUAUCCUUGCAGAAUUCGAAAAGAUCUGGCCUAUGGCUAUGUGGACGAGACAUCUGUUGGAUGUCUUGCUCAAGCAGUCGAUUUCUCCUUCACUAGGAAAUGCGUAUUCAUCAACAGCGACACAAUGCUCGGAGACAAUUGAAGUCCGAGCUACACAGCAUGUGUCUCAUGCUGAACAUCACCAACAGCAACAAUCAAUACGAACAGCAGCUUCGCCGCAAGUGGAGCGAUGGGGUUUAUCGGAUUUCGAUUCCGGGAAUAAUCAAGGACCGUCUGCACUGGAGCACGUCUCACCACAGCCGCGUUUCGAUUAUAACAGUACAACAAGGUAUGCUGAGAGUCCUCAGCCGAUGAGUUCCGACAUGCCUUUGAUGUUUCCCAUGAUGAAUUUAUUUGAAGAUGCAGGAUUAGGUCCUGAUGACUGGCCAGUGGAUGUCAAUGUCUUUGAGUAUUCCCCAGACGCUUCAGGUGUGCAGCUCGAUACUGGCGUGCACGAGUCACCGAUGCACAUGUGAGGUUGCUGGGGCCUUGAAGUGUAACUGUUCAUUUCAGUUGACGGGCCCCGGAUAGAGAACAGAGUAUUUUCACUGCACCUGUGAUGCCUUCCUGGAUGCUUAUGAAUACAUAGUAGUUCUUGUUGUGGAGACCGAUGCGAACAAUAUCUAGACAGUAUUCAGAGAGGUCAUCAUAUCGAACGUACUCAACUAUGUGCUACUAAAUAGUAUAAGGCCAUUGCCGGCGUCCUUCAUCCC